UUAAAUGAAAGUUUCUUGUAUAAUUUAUACUUUUUGCAUAAAUUCUGUUAUGCAAAUAUUUGAUUUUGCUAAAGAAAGAUAUCCAUGGAAGAAACGCAUCCUGAAGAGAAUGAAUUUGUCGAUUUCUCCAUUGAAGCUUUAAAAAAUUCAUUGCGAUUUACAACUGAAAGUAUAAGAUCUGAAGGUGGCGCUGGAUUAGAAAGAGGUUCAACAGAGUCAGCUAUUGAAGAUAUUGAUGCUGACGAAGAUGUCGAAGAAGAUGUGCGUACCUCGGAUAAACCUUACAAAAGAAAAUUACGCAAAAUACUACGUUGGCUGAAAAUAUGUCUCCUUGUUUUGUAUUGGGUGUUAUUUACUGCACUAUUGUGGAAACAACCUGAUGUGGUUCUUUCAAAUGCAGUCAUUUAUGUGCCAGAAAAUAGCACAAGAGAUUUUUACAUGCCGAAAGGGAGUGGCGAUGAUGCCGUUGAAGUUGUUGUACGUGGACCAUUUCAGAAACAUUCAAAAGAAAGAGAAGAAGAUUUGGAAGAUACUGAACAUAUACUUACUAUUGGUGUAAUGUAUUUGAAUGAUGAGUCUGAAAUAGUAAGUGUUUCAGACGAAUGGUAUUUGGAAAUUGUUAAAGCAGAGCUGAUAGAGUCAGCGCCUGUACAAAAACGUAUGCAUGUAUUUGCUUUGCACUCUGAAAUCCAUGGUAAGAAGGGACAGCUGCUGAUUAGAUUCGAAACAAAAUUGAAAUUACCACUUCCAUUGUCGCUGCAGUACCAGUCCAAUGCAGUUGGUGUUAAUGUGGGGGUCAUGUGCGCAGGUGGGAUACUAUUAUUUACAACUAUUUUGUUGUUUACUCAACCUCUAAAUCGUACUUUGACUGCAAUGAUAUCUAGUACAAUGGCUAUUGGUGUGCUAGCCUACUUUCACAAACGUCCAAGUCUGGAAUUUAUUAUGGAGUGGAUUGACGUGGAAACUAUGAUGUUGAUCUUUAGCAUGGGCAUAAUUGUCGGAAUAUUUGCAGAAACUGGCAUACAUGACUAUUUGGCUUUGUGGGCUUAUAAGUUAUCGAAUGGACAUAUUUGGCCACUUAUAAACUGCACCUGCCUGCUUCUGCUUUUUUCGAACUUAUGUUGGGAUAGCGUAACUACAGUAAUGCUUAUCUGUCCAAUCGUUUUACGCCUUACGGAAUUAAUGCAGUUGAAUCCGUUACCAUUUUUGAAGUGUGUUAUUAUAGUAACGAAUUUGUCAGGAGCUAUUAUGCCUUAUGGUGUCAAUUCAGGUGGUUUCAAAUCUGAAAAGGAGUUCUUUGAAGAAAUGGGUAUUACUGAAUUAACUUUUAUAGCUCAUCUUCUAGUAGGAAUAUUACUGGCAAUGGCAGUAAGCUAUAUGUACUUACGAAUAAUGUUUAUUAACUCUGCCAAAAUGCAAUUUAAAGAGAAUGCAGAAGUUGAACGCUUAAGACGUGUAAUAAAGCUAAUGAAACAUACUGCUAAGGGUAUAAGUGAAUAUUCUAAGGAUGAAUCUGCUAUGAAAUCUGUUGUUAUAAAUAAGGUACACACAUUGCGUCAUCAACUUCGAAGGCUCGGAAAAAUGCCGCAGCCACCAAAAAACUAUGAAGAAAUUUUAGAGUCAUAUCAGACAAAAUAUCGUAUCCACAAUAACGUGCUGUUAGCUCAAUGUUGCUGCGUGCUCUUCUUUGUCAUGGCAUUGUCACUCAGCAGAUUUGCUCAAAAUUUUUAUUUAACCGUGGGUUGGACAACAAUGCUAGGAGCUAUAUUAAUACUCAUUUUAAUCGAUAGAGAAGAUCUUGAAAGUAUUUUACAUCGAAUUGAGUGGACAACAAUUAUAUUUUUUGCAGCGUUUUUCGUCUUUACUCGUGCGCUUUCUAUGAUGGGUCUAUUCGAUUUUUUACAAAUUCGAACUCAACAAACCAUUAUGAAUUUAGAUGAGGAACACAGGUUAUGGGUAAGCAUACUUAUUUUGCUAUGGGUUUCUGGGCUAGGAUCGGCUAUACUAAAUAACAAGCCUGUGUCUACGAUGUUAAACCACUGAUAUGGGCCAUGGCGCUGGGUUGUAUUUUGGGAAGUAACGGUUCUUUAAUUGCAGCUUAUCCUAAUGUAAUCGUAGCUGGAAUGGCAGAGAAAAGA